AUGGUGGUUGUGUCAUCCACUUCGCCUUCUCUCAAAGCCAACUUCAACCCCCAAAGCUUCACCGCCACAAGCCAUCUCUGCAACUCUACCUGCAAACCCACUUCACCUUCUCUGCUAUACCUCGGUCAAAUUUAUGGCGACACCACGAGACCCAACAGGUCCAAAGUGCCAAACUCAAAUGGGUUCUUCUCUGUUAAAGCUUACAUGGAUAAUCCAAACUCCAUCUCCAGCUUCGCCAGCAAGGUCAUUGGCUCUCUCCCUGUUGUUGGGUUAAUAGCAAGAAUUCUGAGCGAUGAAGGUGGCCUUGGUGGAGACAUAAUUGAUUUUGCAGAGUUUCGAAGGCGGGUGGGGAAGAAGUGUUCAACUACUGAUUCUCGAGCUUUUUAUGAAUUUCAAGAUCGACGUGGCCGGGCAGGGGAUCCUCUGUAUGUUCUACUAUGCUGCUGGGUAGCAGCCAUUGGUGCUGGUCUUCUGAAAUCUGAGGAGAUUUUAGAAGGGGCGGCGAGGCUGCGGGUUUCGAAUGAUAUCGAGUUUGAAGAGCAGAAUUUCAUUUCCUUAAUCAACGAGGCAAAAGAGAGAAGGGCAAAACUAAAGGCCGCUACCCCAAUUAUCCCAUUGGAGAUUCGAAUCGAGAAGGCUCUUGAAGGGAUCUACCUCUGCUGCUUUGGGAAGGACCCUAUAGAAGAAGAAGACGAGAGACUUCUAAAUGUCAUGCUCAAGGCUGUUUAUCCAUCCGUUGAGCAGUCUGAGAUACAACGGAUUGUCAAGGACAAGGCACAGAAAGUAGCUGAAGGCAGUGAUGAAGGCAGUGUUCGAGAGCCGAAGCCCCUAUCAAAAGAAGCUGUUACAAUGCAAAUGAAGGACCUCCAAUUCCUUCAACAAAAUAGAGAUACUUGA